AGUGGCAUGAAUGUGUUCAAAAAUCCAACGAAUCAGUAAGUGAAUUCAUUGUACGUCUGCGUGGAUUAUGGAAGGAGGUGAAACCUCAGGAAACAGAAGCAGAUCUGGUGCAGCACCUCUAUGCAAAAUUCAUGCGGAACUGGUUCAACUCAUUGGAGUAAAAGAUCCUCUAAAUGUCGAUGCACUUCUCGCGCAAGCAAAAGUGGCGGAACAGGUGCUUUUUCGUCGUUCACAACAGUCGGCAUAUCCUCCAACAACGACUCACGCGGCGGCAACCUUGUCGACCCGUUCGGUUACCCCAAAACACUGCUACAUCUGCGCGAGUCCACAUCAUUUGGCAAAUACAUGUCCCGAUAAAAAACCGAGACAGUAUUAUCCAAAAAACUACAGGUGAAUCUCGCGGCAGCGGGGUGGCGAGAUUCAGUACCCAAUACUCCAAAUAAAUCCUCGUUAACAGAAUGUCACACGGUACACACCCUUAACUAUAACCUUCCUACAGCACCGGAGGUUCUAAAAAUAUCGGGCGCCAUCAACAAAUUAGCAUGUAAACUCAUGAUCGACACUGGAGCCUCACUCUCUGCGAUCAGUCCCGAGGCCUUCCAGCAAUUGUCUCGACACCCUAUAGACGGGGUGGAAAGCGAACCAGACGUUGUCUUACGUUUAUUAAAUGGCUCGGUAAUCAGCCCACUUUCACACUCUCUGAUUAUAGCAGUCACGAUCCACAACAUAACACGACACCAUCGUGUAUUUGUCCUCCCGGAUCUGAAACAUUUCUGCCUACUCGGCAACGAUUUCAUCAAGAAGCAUAAUCUACAAAUCGACGGUGGGGCACAAAGCGUUAGAUUUCGGAAAGAACAGAGUGCUUCAGCUGAAAUAUCUCCAGACGUAGAAGUGAACAAUAAUCUUGCCACGUACUCACUAAUGGCUAUAUCAACUACAAAACUCCCCCCUUAUUACAGAGCCAUCAUUCAAGUGAAACCGCAUAAACCCUUCGAAUGCUUUUCACCGGAAACAAGCUAUGCAGUACACUCCAUAGGCGACUCUCCGCGGGUGGCAAACGGUAUCCUCACUCCGCAACCACAUUUGUGCAUUGAAGUAGCUAAUAUAUCUCGAAAACAUAUUUAUAUCUCACCGGGUCAGAAACUAGCAACAUUGGAAAGACUCGACGAGAGACAAAUAAAUCUAUUAGAACACAUUAAUAGGAUACCCGUCGAGCAAGAAGGUGAUACGUUGCCCGACCUUUCGUGCACAGAACUCACCGGGCAAGAAAAGAAACAGCUUCAAACGCUUAUUGAACAAUUUCCAAAAGUAUUCUCGAAUACUCCUGGACGUACAAACGUCCUAGAACAUCACAUCGAGACUCAACCAGGAGUGAAACCGUUUAACUCCGCUCCGUAUCGAUGUGGUCCGCCCAAGCGCGAUAUUAUCAGCAAGGAAACGAAACAAAUGCUAGAAAGCGGAGUGGCGUCACCGUCAAAAAGUGCAUGGGCGUCGCCAGUGGUCCUUGUCCCGAAAAAAGACGGCACAUUACGGUUCUGUGUAGAUUACCGGAAGUUGAACUCAGUAACAGACUGUCUCUCACGAGCACCAAUCUUGACGCCUCCCGAUUUUCACAAUCCUUUUAUCAUCGAAACGGACGCGUCGUGUCUCGGAUUGGGUGCCGUACUCGGUCAAGAAUAUGCGGACAAAAAUGUUGUCAUUGCAUACGCGAGUCGCACCCUAUCUGCGGCUGAACGAAAAUAUGGAGCCAGCGAAAGAGAAGCUUUGGGAAUCGUGUGGGCUACACAACAUUUUCGUCCCUACAUCGAAGGACAAGAUUUAACUAUUCGAUCUGACUGUUAA